UUCUGUUAAUAGAUUACCUUAGAGACGUAUAAAAUAGUAUAUAAUUAUCGCGCACGAUAAUUAGCGGUCUUUGAUCAGGCAAACUUUAACAAAAUGUUAUUUUACUUGUUGAUUGCUGCAUCGCCGUUUCUUAUCAACGCGAUUCAACAAAAUUUGGAUAACGCAGUGGAAAUAAUUCAAUUGGAUAGUAACAGUCCAAUGGCUUACAAACAAUCUAAUAGAGAGAAAAGGGAUGAUUCACCCCCUCCAACCUGCAACUCUAAUGUUUCAUUCGAUAAAUGCAUGCUGAAAUGCUUUAUAAUAUUGGUUUACGAUCCUGUUUGUGGUACAGACAAUAUUACUUACAUGAAUCGAUCACAACUAAAAUGCGCGCAAUGUUGUGGAAAAAAUGUAACGGUAAAAUGUUCUGGAAAUUGUACAAACUGCAACUGAAUAACUUAUAGUUUUCGUUGUAAUACAAUUUAUUAUAAUAAAUAUUUUAAUCAAAAUUAGCAAAUGUAAGAAAAAUAAACAUAU